CGCGUGCGAGGCUCCUAGGAAUUGGGUAUCCGGACCCGUCGCGGUCCUUUUCCACCGCCGCCCGCACUAGGUAGCCGUCCUGCCGGAGACCAUGUUCGACAAGACGCGGCUGCCGUACGUGGCCCUCGAUGUGCUGUGCGUGUUGCUGGCUGGAUUGCCUUUUGCAAUUCUUACUUCAAGGCAUACCCCCUUCCAGCGAGGAGUGUUCUGUAAUGAUGAGUCCAUCAAGUACCCUUACAGAGAAGACACCAUACCCUAUGCGUUAUUAGGUGGAAUAAUCAUUCCAUUCAGUAUUAUCGUUAUGAUUGCUGGAGAAAGUCUGUCUAUUCACUUUAACGCCUUGCAAUCAAAUUCCUUUGUUGGCAAUCACUAUAUAGCCACUAUUUACAAAGCCAUCGGAGCCUUUUUGUUUGGAGCUGCAGCUAGCCAGUCCCUGACUGACAUUGCCAAGUAUUCUAUAGGCAGACUGCGUCCACACUUCUUGGCUGUUUGUGACCCUGAUUGGUCAAAAAUCAACUGCAGUGAUGGUUAUAUUGAGAACUACAUAUGUCGAGGGAAUGCAGAAAAAGUCAGAGAAGGCAGGUUGUCCUUCUACUCGGGGCACUCUUCGUUUUCUAUGUACUGCAUGCUGUUUACAGCACUUUAUCUUCAAGCCAGGAUGAAGGGAGACUGGGCAAGACUCUUACGCCCCACACUGCAGUUUGGUCUUGUUGCUUUAUCCAUAUAUGUGGGCCUUUCUCGAAUUUCUGAUUAUAAACACCACUGGAGCGACGUGUUGGUGGGAUUCAUUCAAGGAGCUGUGGUUGCAAUAUUAGUUGCUGUGUAUGUAUCAGAUUUCUUCAAGAACAGACAUUCUUACAAAGAGAGAAAAGAGGAUGACUCACAUACGACUCUACAUGAAACCACCGCCACCACAUACUCAAGCAAUCGCCAUCCUUGAAGGAUGUGGGGAACUGGCCAGCUUCUAAAGAAAACCGCUGGAGGCAGAAGGCGGGAGGAUGCAUAUUACUUUCUGGUGUACAGGCCAUUACAAGACUGCUGCUAUACCUCUUGGAUACACCCACUUUACCUGUGUAUAUAGUUACAUUUAACACAUGAUUAUCUAAUAAUCCGAUUUAAAAAUAUCAAGCCUUCCACUAAGAACACUGCCCCACCUGUACAUUUUUUAAUUGAAAGAUGCUAUGUACAAAUGUGUAUGUUACAUGCCUUCUUAGAAUGAGAUCCGAUUUAAAAACAAUAAAAUGCUUGAACCAA